GUGUAACGUUCGGUUUGAUGGGUGCGGCGCUUUAUCCCAUGUUAGUCCUAGUCAAUCAAACUCCAGACCGCAUUCCAGCAGAUGUAAUCGCCGAGGAGCAGGAGGCCGCCGAGGGCAAAGGUGUGGGAAGGACGGUAGUUGACGCCGAUACUAAAGGCGCUUGAUCUGCCUAUCUGAAUGUUUCCAGAGUGGUGGGAUCUAGCCAUGUGGUCUGUCCUGCAAAUUCUGCGUUGUGGAAGUUCUCUACAGAUCCUAGACCGCUAUCAAUAUUCAACCUCCAACUGUCACGUAUUGUACCGAAAUAGAAGUAGCCAUGUGAUGUCAUGGGGAGACCAUAAUAUACUCUGCUUCCUCGAUACCCUGCAUAUGCUCUUGUGGAGUGUUCGAGGGCAUGCUGAAGUCCAGCCACUAGAGAAAAAUUGGCCGCAUCAUAGAACAUGGAUUGUCCGGGGUAUUGAUACGAAUGCGGGUUUUAGAUGGGCGCUGGAUAUACAAAGUGAAUGUAUCCUAUUCCGUCUUUGGAAGCCUCAAUAGUUCCGCGGAAUGAUUACUUCGCGAUAGUCCGGACUUGUCAGGUAUGGAUCAAGUAGUUAGCCACCCGUGCUCCGACUGCAGGAUGUGGGUC